AACCCAGACAUGAGAGUUCAGAUUCUCAAAGACUACGUGAAGCAGCAUUUCCCUGCCACCCCGCUGCUGGACUAUGCACUUGAAGUAGAAAAAAUUACAACUUCCAAGAAACCAAACCUUAUCCUGAAUGUAGACGGCUUUAUCGGAGUUGCCUUUGUCGAUGUUCUCAGGAAUUGUGGCUCUUUCACACGGGAAGAAGCAGAUGAAUAUAUUGAUAUAGGAGCUCUUAAUGGCAUCUUUGUACUAGGCAGGAGUAUGGGAUUCAUUGGACACUAUCUGGAUCAGAAGAGGCUGAAGCAAGGCCUGUACCGCCACCCGUGGGAUGACAUAUCCUACGUGUUACCAGAGCACAUGACUAUGUGAACCCCGCGGGGUUGCCUCUGUGUCACGUCGAGGGGACAGAGCCUGCACAGAGGACAGCCACAAAUGGGACUUUGAUGUGUAAAGGCCACUGGUACAUAGACACUGAGCUGCCUGGUCAAACUGUGCAAAGCAACUGUUUUAUAAGCAUAGAACCUUAGUCUAAUAAAAACCAAAACUUGUGAUAUUCCAUAUGUUACCUGCUGUAUUUAAUACUGUCUCUCACCCUUUUAUUUUGUUCUGCUUUUGUUUCAUU